AGGGACGGGUCAGGGCGCACGCGCGGCGCCGGCGGGGGGGGGCGGGGCGCGCUCGGUUGUCAGCGGCGGCCCAAGAUGGCGGCGCGGAGGCCGCGCUCCGCCGCAGAACAUGACAGUGACGAUGAUUCCUAUGAAGUGCUGGAUUUAACUGAAUAUGCACGGCGUCACCAUUGGUGGAAUCGUGUGUUUGGCCGGAAUUCAGGACCAAUUGUAGAAAAAUAUUCUGUAGCUACCCAGAUUGUGAUGGGCGGCGUGACUGGCUGGUGUGCGGGAUUUUUGUUCCAGAAAGUCGGAAAGCUUGCAGCAACUGCAGUAGGUGGUGGCUUUCUUCUGCUUCAAAUCGCUAGUCAUAGUGGAUAUGUACAAGUUGACUGGAAGAGAGUUGAAAAAGAUGUAAACAAAGCAAAAAAACAGUUAAAAAAGCGUGCAAAUAAGGCAGCACCUGAAAUCAAUACCUUAAUUGAAGAGUCAACAGAAUUUAUCAAACAGAACAUUGUGGUGUCCAGUGGAUUUGUUGGAGGCUUUUUGUUAGGCCUGGCAUCAUAAGGACCUGGAUCAUCUCUUCCUGAUGGCAUUCAUGUCGGCAAAGAACAGCUGGGGGGUGACACGCUGUCUCAAAGCAAGUGUGAUCACUCAGCCUUCCAGAGCCAGAGGAGUGGACUAGCUAGACAAUUUGGAAGCUUUUACAUUUCAGGCUUUUGCCUCUUGAAGCUUGGCAAAACUAGGAUUUGCUGAAAAACUGUGCAGUGUGCUCAUUAUAUUAUUUCUGGGCAAAACUGGUUCAUCUUCAUCAUGACUCUUUUUAUCUAUGACCUUUCAAGACCUAGCAUUUUUUUAAAAUGUUAUUCUUGGAAUAUAGAUAUGUAACCAUACUGUAGGAAAGAAAGCUCCGUUUCUAUGUUUUCAGUUAAAUAUUGUUUAAUUUAAAAGUGGAUUUUUUUCCAUGCUGUAGUAGAUACAUGACUACAUAAUGUAUAUGGUACUGUAGUUUCAGCCUCACGGCUGUCCAUGUUCUUUAGAAGUCACUGCAAUAAUUUAUCAAUCUGUAAUACCUUUCUACAGAGUAUUAAAUAACAAAGAAUCAUGAGCUUAUUAAAGGUGAAAAUUAGCUUUGACUCUGGCCUUUGUGUACAUAGAAAGUAAGGAAGUCUUAUAUUUAAAGCCUGCAGGCAUCUGGUACAAAUAUUAGUAGAGAUGCCUGUGAUAUUUGUGUGCUAAGUGAAUGAAUGUAUCAAUGUUAUUUUUCCUACAUGUGUAGACAGGUGAAACUUACUGAUAACACUGUAGUACACAGAUAAUCAUUGCAAGAGCAGACUCCACAGUGAUCUGAUGCUCAGUUGCUUUGCAGUCAAUGAACACAGAGGCUGUUUCAGACUUCAGGAGUUGGGGAGAUGAAGAGAUGAGGCUUCUGCCUGAGCACUUUGCAAGGGCCAGUACUUGGUAGGGCUUGAUAGGGUGUAAGCGCCACGUACCCUGGAUGAACUGAAGGCUGCCCUUACAGUCCAUUCUAGCUGGAAAUCAUACUCACUUUCAUAUUCACCCCUGUUGUGACUAUGUUCUCCCCAGCUUAGACAUCUAUUUUUUUACAGCUGUCACCUAAUUUGGCUUUCGCUGUCUAGGGUGCUGGCUAUGGAAGAACAAGGGUGCAGGCUGGUUUCAGCUUAUUGGAAGAGUGCCUGUUUCUUCUGAAGUCUGAGAAAGAAAUGGGACUUAAUCUGCUUGAUGUGUUUACUGCCCCCACCUUUGAUGGAUCAAAGCAGGAAGCGGAUUCUAAAUGAGAUUGGAGGCAUAACUGGGUGGGCUGGAAAAUUUACUCUCAAGUAGGUUUUUAAGGUGGUUUUGGUUAUUUGUUACUCAGUUAUUUUAAAGAAGCUGAGAAUCCCAACAAAUGCUUAAUGCAUUUUUCUGCAUUUCAAACUUGUGAACCUUUUAGAAAUUUCUACCCAAGAAUGACUCUUACUCUGCUCAAGUUUCUCUGUUUUUCACUGUACCAACAAAUUAAUGUGAAAUGGAAUCACUCACACGGGUUCUUUUGGGUUCUUGUUCACAUCUGAACAGUAGUAAUUCAUUAGUGUCAGGUGGAUGGAUGUGAACUUCGGAUGUAUGGCACACGGGAUGAACAUCCCGCAGCUGGGCUAUAUGUGAAAGUCAUUUGACACAGUACCCUAAUCCAUAUUUAAAUUAGUGCAUCUGUGGACUUCAGAGGUCUGUAUUAUUAUUUACUUCACAUAUGCAUGCUUCUGGCCUAGGUAAGUUACAAAGCAUAUCAUGCAUAUCUGUCAGGUUUAAGGGUUUAAUUAGGCUAAAACCUGUUUAAGACAUUUGAAAAUAAAACUUAAUCCCCUAAACCAAACCCCCACACUCAGCGAAACAAAUGGCCAUGAAUAGCAUGUUAGUAUCCUAAAUAUUUUGUUUUAAGGUGAAUGUCUAAACACAAUUGUUGCAGUUUAUUGGAAAUGGGAGGCCCAAGGAGGAAUGUGCAUACUGGGUCAUCUGGGAUUUGAAGAAAAAUUAAGAAAGAUGAGAAUGUUAAAAUGUGAAAGUUGCUUUGCCUUAGUGUUCGGUCCAAAGGAUAAUGGGAAUGUAACCAGUCAGCUCUUUUCUGCUGAUGAAGCUAAUGGAUUUUUGGCUUGUCAAAAGAGUUGCUGAAGCCAACUGACGUGAGUCACCCACCCUGACUGGAAUGAACUCAGGCAUUCUGAAGGGCUUUAGGAAUGAAGUGGCCACCUCAGUAGCAUGAACCGGUAAACAUGCAUUUUUAGAGUCUCCUCUGUGAAAGGAUUUCAAGGGAAUAUCCUUUAGCGUGCUUGCUAAAAAGGCUGCCCAUGUGAUCAAGGGAUAUACUUCAUAGUUAGAAUUAAAAAAAAACAAAACCC